AUGCUGUUCCCUGGGCAUGAAAGAAGCCGGCUUUUGCUAGAAGACUCAGCCAACAGUGGUACCAGGUUGAAGGUUCAAGAGUGUGCCACCGUCGACAAGGAUAAUACUGCGACAGAGUCUCUGAAAUUCGACUUGUUGUCAGACUUCAAGCAGAUUGAAGCACCUACAAAGCCCUCGGUAGAAGAACAAAAUCACGAUCCGAAGAUUGCUACUGCCCAGGCUAAAACCAAGCUUGAUGACCAAUGGCCGAAUGGAAUCCCACCGACUGGGCCACGGAAAUCUUUAAAGUGGGCUGGUCAGUAUACCCCAAGACGUCCGUCCACUACAGUUGAGCGCGUUCAGAAGCGUGUUGUUGAUGAUGGCACCGCUCUCAAGGGUACAGUGCCAAGACCCUUACUCUCUCAGACCUUCGAAAAAGGCAUUCACAGUCUCGCAACGACAAAAUCUGUUGAUAAAGCUGUUUGCGGCACAAGCACGGCAUUGGAAAGUCUUCAGAGAACGAAAUCCUCUAUGCAUGAUUCCGGUCAUGUAACUACACUAGCUGGAUAUGAGACAGUUAAGACGAUAUCUCAAAAUACGACAAAGCUAGAGUCGAUUGAACAGAAUGAUGGGCAGUGUGAUAAGCAAUUGCAAAUCAAUGUGGAGGUAUCAGAGUACUCGCCGCCAGAGUUUGUCGCUCUACUCAGCCCAACGAAUGUUCCAUCAAUGCCCUCUUCGGACCCCCAAACAUUCCUCGGAAAUGGUAUAGGCCACGCAACAAAAAGUCCGACAUAUUCUGUGAACAAGACACACGCGCCAUACACAAACUCUCCAUCAGGCGUCCAGCACAAGGACACUGCAAUUACUGAAGAUAAUUGGGUCUGCCGACGCUGCUUGAACAAGCUUGCGAAGAAGGCCGAACCACAGCUACCCUCGAUCUGUCAGCUUCCCAUCACGACUCAGUCUGAAAGCAUCGGAGGAACCCAUGGUGUGCCAGCCGCUGCUCAUAUCCCUGUUUCGCUGCAUGAUAGUAGACUCCCUGAAGAGUCAUCAAUUGCAGACGCAUACUCCCAGUCUGCUAUUCGCUUCGGGGACUCUCACAUCAUGCAAAAAGAAUCUGCUCACAAGCCUCAUGCGGGAGAUGAUCGACGGGUUCGUGGACAUGGCACCAUUGGUGAUGCUCCGACAGCCGCACCACAUAGCAGGGCACCGUCAGAUUUGAAUACCAUGUUAAUGACUGAGAACACAAUUAAUUUGACCUUAGUGACAGCAAAGAAACCUGACGAUAUUUCACCCGCUAACCUUCCCUCCUACUCUCGUGGUUGGGAAGCAAGAACUUAUGGAAAGGCUACGAAAGCAGAUUCUGUAAAUGGCUCCAGAGACUUUGCACCUUCUUCGCCAGCAGCUGCACCUUCCGUUCUUCAUCGAGCGACUCAUACCACGACUGGACCCCCGCUGUCUCCUAAUGAAACGCCACCUAGCAUGGAAAUUCUGCGAGGUGAUACCAGUAUCUUGCCUCCCAGUGCUGAUCUCCUACAAGGCCACAGUAGGGAUUGUCGCCCACCACGCCCGUUAGACCCGGAGGAGACUCAGGCCGCAUCUCAAUUGUUGGCAGAUGAUGCUGUAACAGCUCCCUGGGGAAGGACGAAAUCGUCUUCAUGUGAUAACAAAUUCUCGAGGAACGCAAGCGAGCUACCUAAUGGUGAUCGCUCUGUAAGUAAACAUCAAGCUCGGAAAGCUGAAGGUCUGGUCUCAAUUGGUGAGUUGAAUAUACCGGAAACCCCUUCUGAUGUAAUGGCAACCGCCCAAUCCGCCGACCACUGUGCGGCAAAGCGAGAAAAGAUAUCUCGCUUGUCUACAUCGCCACCUCGAGAAGCGAGCCAGGGGAAAAGCAGCAAUAUCGUUCGGCCUUUCAAGAAGCUGUGUAGCCUGUGUCAGAGACCGAUCCUUGGAUCAACUUCAUUGUGCACGAAAUGCAAGCAGACGACGGACGACGAAAUGCCUUGUCGCCCUAAUGAGAGCCUUGGUAAUGGGUCUCUGGAAGUGGUGGAUUUACCCACAAUGACAAUGACUGGUCUGACCACUAAGAAGACCCAGGUGGCCUGUGGGAACAUGAUCGGCCAAUGGAAACUAGCCAAGGAAUCGCGAAGCCAAGAGGACGUCACUGGUGCUCUUCGCAUGUGUUACGAGAGUCCUGUUCCUGGUUCACCAGUUAUCCCUGAAACUCCAGACCUUGGGUCGGAAAAGACAAGCAAUAGCCGUGACCUCCUGCGUACAGAGCAUGGGAGAACAGAACCAAAUCAAAUAAGAGCAACAAUACCGAUAGUACCUCAAAAGAGACGAAAUAUAGCUCCCUUGGCGUCUGACAGUGAUCAUUGCUUCAGCAAGAAGAGGCCUCGGUUUUUCAAGCCUACCACAAAAUCUAUCGCAGUCACUGUACCUCUUGUAAAGUCCAAUCAGCCACCGCUAACUCCGAAAAGCGGGUCGCCACAUGUCGAGCUUAUUUCACGAGAUGCGUCUGUCCAAGCGAGUGUCGAAACAGCACAUAGAGGAACGUCCCCAUGUUCAGCGUCCUUUCCAGGGCCUAACAAGAAUGAUGGACAACCAAAAUGUUCAGCUUUGCCGGAUGUUGGAAGGGACAAGGCCAUAUCUGAGGAUGGGAAUAUCUCUAUUUUCAAUGGCACCCCACGCGAAGCUACAUGCCGCAGCCCAUGCUCAAGUCGAAUGACGGAGCAGUGGCAGAGUGUAAAGGAAAAUGUUGUGAGGCUUGAGCAUCAAGCUAAGGAAUUUACCGAAAGAAAUCAAGCUUUCGAGCAAGCUAAGAUGGCAAUCGAUCGGCUGCAGAGACCAGAUCAAGCAAAGGGGCAACUGCCAACACAAAAAUCAAGCGUUCCAGGUGCAGAACUGUGCAAGUUAGAGGAUGACGGAAAGGUCGUAAACAACCACAGCACCAGCAUGAAUGACAGUGUAACGGGAAAUGCAGGCAAGUGGACUUUAAAGGAUGAAAAGGCGUUGCUGGAAAAGCUAAAGCACAGAGGAGUCAUAUUCGAAGAUGAUUCAUCCUCCGAUUCGGAAGUUGGCAUACCUCCUCCCACAACCAAGUCUGCUCCAAGAGAUCCAUUAUGGCGCCGCCCACGGUCCUCAUCAGAUCUGUUCAUGAUAGCUCCAGACCUAAAUGGCAAUCAUAACUCCACUGAUCCCACGCGAAGGAGAAGGGAGAUAGCAGCUCGCCCGUUCAGGAAAGAACGGCGGCUGAACAUAUCGUACCUGCGUCAAGAGCGAGGCGAUAAUAUUCAUGAAGAGAUCGACAGAAUCUGUCCAUCUCGAAUGGUCAAAGUAUCUUCCACCCUCGCAUCCACUUUCCCUGAUCCAAUGGAGAAGAGUGAGCAACGAACACAAGCGGAGAUGACCUUCAGCGAGUUUAUUGGCGUUCCUGCUUCACCAAUGGCGCUGCUAACCAAGGAUAAACAGUUGGCCUUCCGGGACGGGACGAGAGAUGCAAAAGGCAGCUUGCCCAGGGCAAGGGAAAAGUUUAUCGUUACAAACAGAAACAUUUUCUGUAUGGAGAAAUGA